GGCUUCAAAUGCAGAAUAAAGCGUAAAAUAUAAAGAGGCAGUUUUAAAAUGUCUGAAAACAAUACUAGAAAACUACAAAGUGUAACGGCCCCGGUUUGGAGCAGACUGGGUGGUCUGGCUCGGAGAUGAGACAGUGAACGGUUCCCGGUCCCGGGGGAGGUUCACGACACGUUCGCCGCUCCUCUUGGUGAAGCAGAUCGGCCGUGUCAAUGCCACGGAACGCUCCGCACACUCGCGUUAACCGGAGCUGAGAUGGUCGGCCGGGAGUGAAGCGGGGAGCAGAGGCCGGGCCGGGCCGGGCCGUGCCGGAGCCGCGCGGAGAUGCAGCGAGGCGGCGGGAGGACGCCGGUGUCCCCGGGGGCCGUGGGCCUGUCCCCGGACCGCUGCCUGGCCGCCCUGCUCUCGCUCGCAGCUCUGGCGGCCCUCAUGACUCUGCCGCCCGCCUCUCUCCUGCUGCAGCCGCCGGGACCCCCGCUGUCUCCCGUGCCCGCCGGGGCCGCCCGCCUGCUGCGCCUCGUCGCUCGGGGCCUCGCGUCUCUGUCGGUGUCGCUGCACCUGUGCUGCCUGCUCCUCGCCCUGCUCCACGGGCACCUGGCGGCCGAGCUCCGGGGAGCCGACGGACAACCGGACAGGGCGGGCUGGCUUCUCCUGAACAGCCGAUCUUCUCGACACCUGGCUCUCACUGCGUUCUGUCUGGGCGUCAUUGUGUACUCUGCAGCUCUCUGCAUCCACGUGCUGCUGGAGUUUGAGAAGGAGAGUGCGAUCACAAGCGCCAGUAUCCUUGGGGUGGGAGUGCUGGCGGUCGCCAUCAUCGUCAUCCAGGCACUGGUGAAGGCCUGUCGAGCAGGCAGGACUGGGAUCCCAGAGCGAGCUGGCACCCUGUUUGAGAACAGCUGCCCCCCGAGAGGCAGGUACCUGGAGCCCGAGCGUUUGGAUCACAUGGAGGACAAGGAGUCAUCGCGCGUGCCUGCCUUCCGCAAGGAGACAGCCUACGAGCGAUAUCGGGAGCAGAAGGCCUUCUAUGUGGCCACCUCGGCCAGCCGGAAUGGGUACGGGCGCUCGCAGGCACAGCCAGCUGCCCGCGGUCUGCCGUCCACUGGAUCCUGGGACGGAGUCACCCACGAAAUGAGGCGUGUGCUGGCCCGCAAGGGAACAGUCUGCAGGAGGGACUCCACCCUGGUCUGAGCCCUGAUCGCCAGCACAGGCUGGGCUCGGUAAGCUGGAGGCAACACCGGCAUCAGUCUGCCCCAGCGGGGCAUCAGUGUGCGCCCGUUAGUAACAGACUCCUUAUUCCUCGCUCUCCAACUCACAGAAUGAGGUUAUCUGCAAACCAACAACGCAUCUGCCAGCCCAGAACCACAAUCUCUCCUUAACCAAGGGCUGAGGAAGGAGCAGGGAAUGGGAAUUGGGAUCAGUCGUGAUCAGGAAAGAGGGGAAGGAAGACCAGGAGGGGAAAUAAAAUGACAGGAAAAUUAAAAUUUUAAAACAUCUAACAACAUUUUCUACCGUUAGGAAUGAGAGUUUGUAGAUUUAAAGUGUUUUUUCACUAGGCUGUAGAGGUUGUGUGCCUUUGAGCACAAAUUUCUUCAUUAAAAGUUAUUUACAAAAUUGU